GGAAAUUCAAACAAAAUCAGACUUUGUGACGUUUUAUUUGAGAAAAUGAAGAAUCUUUGGACCAUUUUCAGCUCUGAAGGAAUGAGUGCUGAUCUCUAUCAGACCCGGUCACCAGUGAUUCAGACUCUGAUUCAGGUCCGACUCGUCAGACCAGCAGCAGCUCUUCUUCCUCUAUCUCUUCAUUGUUUCCUGAACUUAAACUUCACUGACAGAUUUAAGAGAUUCUGUUCCAGGUGUUCAUUAAGGUAAAGGUCAGAGGUCACCUACUACCUCCACCCCCCAGACCUCCUGUUGGUCCUAGCUCUCCAGCGGACGUGUACAUCUGUCCCAUCCAAACCCAGAUCUCCUCAGAGCUUGUCCUAAUUGGCUAACAUUGCAGAGUGAGCUCACGGCGGUAAGCCUCUUACAGUAAUUCACCUGCUGCUGAGCCGACACGGCGUUCCUGGCCCCGGGGCCACGCAGCCACAAACGGCUCCAUACGUGACCUCUCCAGCCGGCGGGGAGAUGACUCUGUGAUUCUCUCCGUCCUCUCUCGGCUCUUUGCGAGAUGCUCAGCGGGGAUCUGGUGGCCGUGUGGGAGGUGGCGCUCAGCGACGGCGUGUACAGGAUCGAGUUUGCCCAUGGGACCACCACGGGGAAGCGGAUCGUCCACGUCAAUGGGAAGGAAGUCAUCAGGAAGGACUGGAUGUUUAAGCUGGUCGGACAGGAAACGUUCACCGUGGGAAGCUCCAACACCAAAGCCACCAUCUUCAUCGAGGCCAUCAGCGGCUUCGCCUACGAGUACACGCUGGAGAUCGAUGGCAAGAGUCUACAGAAGUUCAUCGACAACAGAGCCAAGGUCACAAAAACAUGGCUGCUCAAGGUGGACGGGGAGGACUGCAGAGUGGUCCUGGAAAAAGACACCAUGGAUGUUUGGUGCAACGGGCAGAAGAUGGACACAAAGGGCGAGUUCGUGGAUGACGGCACAGAGACGCACUUCAUGCUGGGAGAACACGAGUGCUGCAUCAAGGCGGCGAGCAGUGGGAGGAAGAGGAGCGGCAUUGUGCAUUAUUUACUGCUGGACGGAGAGAAAGUUCCAGCUACAACACAAUGAACUGUCAAAGAGACUCAGUCAAUGAGGUAUUUUCAUGUCCAGAGACCACGCAGUGCUCCAGCAUCAGUAUAUAUUUAGUAGAAAUUCACCUCUGAUCAUGUAAAUAUGACAAAUAAACUCUGUGCAGCAUCAA